AUGGCUUGUGGCAACCCUCGAAAUCGCGGGUUUUGUAUUGGCUCUAGUAAUAGUUCUAAACUGUCUUCUCAUCAUGACAUAUUCCAUAUAAACUCUCUCUCGGUCUCUCCCUUCAUAAUCUACUCCUCUUCUGUAACCGCAAAUUGGUCCAUCACUUUACUUGCUAAAAACCAUUACAAGGACAAGAGCAUUUACUUCGAUGCCAUGCAAGUCUCAGUUUUCUAUCAGAAGGAGUUUCUCACCAUGACAAACGUUGUUUUCAACGAAACUGCAGGCCCCAAGAAUGAGUCAUCAGUUCAUGCAAGCCUUGUCGCAUCUUCGGUGUUCGUCAAGGAUCACGUGGGGGCUGCCAUGGUUGAGGAUUUGAGGGGAGGAAUUGUGGGUUUUGGCGUGGCGAUGCAGGGUGUUGUUAGGGUUGGUGGAGGACUGCAUUGGGAGAGAAGGCUAUUGAGGGUUGAUUGUGAUUAUGUCAAGGUUGAGAUUUCGAAUAAUAGAAUAGAAGGAGCCUUGUUUGGUGGAUCAAGUAUAUGUGAUGUACGAGGAUCAUUAAGUUAA